GUGGAUCUACGGGAAAUCCAUCGAGAACUCUGACGUGCUCAGCCUCAAGCCGCCGAGGUUCGAAACACAGGUUUUGCGACGGUAUGGCUGGAUGCUCCCGGACACCUUUGCGGUGUUUCUCGGCCACGGCGGGCACCAGGCACUGGAGCAGGUGGUACACACGCGGCUGGAGCGAGCCUCCGAGCAGAUCGCGAAGAAGGGCGGAGCGGCGGCGUUUCUGCGGCAGGCGCUGAGCGGGUUCGAAAGCGAGAAGGUGGGGGUGAGUUUGCUGGAAGAGUACGAGAAAAGGCUGAAGAAAGUGCUGGAGAAGGUAGAAAGAAGAACCGGGAAAGCAAGUGCAGUAAACAUCAAAGCCUCAACUACACAAGAACGCCAAGUCCACCUGUCUCAGGAAAAAAUGAAGGAAAAGCUGGAGCAUCAGUUGCUUCGAGAGGCGGCGCGAAGGAGCCUGGUGAAUGACUUUUUCCUCGGGUACUUCCAGCGGACCGAAUCCGGUACGGAAAAAAGUCAGUACUCCGUGAAACAAGAACGAGACGCCAACUUCGGGUGGAGCCCGCAUUCCGAUGCCUAUUGGCUACGAUUGUUAGCGCCCGCGAGUGUGUCGGAGGGGUACGGAAAACAACAGGAGCGAUUGAUGUACGAAUUGCCCAAAUUGGUUAAAAGCCCGGAUGAACGUUUGAUGUCGCCCGGCACUAGUAAAAGAUCGCAGAAGCACGAUCUAAGUGAAGUAAAGCGACCUGCUUCGCGAACCUCUGCAUUCGCUGCGCCGGCGCCUCUGGACACGACGAAUACGGCCGCCACUUCCAGUUCCACCUCCACCUCGCAAGAGCAAGACACUAGCUACGACGAAGAUGUGAAAUCAAUGCUCGCAAUGCUCGAAUUCGCUGACGUAGGCCGGCAAUUAUGGGGUGGCUCAACCGAGGGCUUGUCUCCCGAAGCACUCGAAGCCUCCGUCUUGUCCGUGUCCUUCCGGGCGCAGGCGUCCAUGGUGCACAAUGCGAUGCUGGUUUUGUGUCUGAAUAACCACGCGAUGCUGGAGUUCGAUCCACUACGGGUCGCGAAACUGGCGCAACAGGUCGCAUUUCUUGUGAACGGAACAGCAGCUUCUACGACAGCGGCGGGAGGUUCUGAAAAUACAAAACAGCAAGAACCAACUCCAGACUCAGAUUCCGAAGUUCUCCGGCCCCCACCGGAGCUGGUCGGCGACGUCUCGGAAACCCUGGAUCCGGAACUUUUUCGGCACCUGAGACGGUUUGACACGUCGGAAGAGUCGAGAAAGUUUGUAACCAGCCACUUCGAGGUAUCAAACGCAAAUAUGUCUGGGUGUGCAAGGGUGCAACUUGUGAUGCUGCGUUUGGAUUGUAAAAAAAAUCUGUAUUGCAUGAGCAGCAAGAGAAGACCAGUUUUUGGUACUUAGAGAGGGCAUUUCUCAUGCGGAGCAGGCAUCUGGAAGCUCUCAAAAAAAAUGUGAUGCUCGGGCACGCAUCACAGCCUUCAUGGGUCUUGCAAAAUGCGAAUGAAAAACAAGUGCACUCUUCCAAACACAGACAUAUUUGCAGCUGAUACGAGGGUAUCCAGACGGAUCUCCAGCGGUCCCGCGAGGCGGUGUGCCACGCGACCGCGUCCGUGAUGGAGGAAACGAAGGUGACGGCACAGUUUCUCCGCUUUUUGUUCGAACAGGAGACGCGAGACCAGCUGCCCCGGCGCUUCGUCCGCGAGCACGGCGCGGAGGUGUUUUUCGGGAAAAAGUUCGAAACCGCCACUGACCACGACCGCGUAGCGGUUUUCCGCGACGAUUUGAUGAAGGUCGACCUGUACUUCGCCGAGGGGAUUCUGCUGCAG